AUGGCCAUGGCUAUGGACCUUAUAGGGAAGGUUACCCCACCGACUACGCAGGGGCAUUGCUUCAUUAUUGUGGCCACUGACUAUUUUACCAAGUGGGUUGAGGCCGUGGCAAUGAAGGGAGUCAAUCAGGCUGAGGUCAUCCAAUUCCUCAAGAGUCAUAUCAUUCACAGGUUUGGGCUUCCAGAGACUGUUACGUGUGACAAUGGGAGCAUUUUUGUUGGAGAUGAGGUGGUUGCAUUUGCAGCUAAAUUGGGAAUAACAUUCACCCAUUCCACCCCAUACUACACGCAAGGCAAUGGACAGGCCGAGGCAAGUAACAAGAUUCUCAAGGGGUGUUUGGCGAAGGUUGUGGAUGACAACCCACGAAGAUGGGCAUACAUGCUCUCUGAAGUACUGUGGGCAUUCAGGACAUCACAGUGGGCCAGCAUGGGUACUAUGCCCUUUUCUUUAACAUAUGGCCACGACGUAGUGCUACCCGUUGAAGUUAGUGUAAAGUCAACAUGGGUGGAAAUCCAGUAG